UGCUAGUAAAUGUGCAGCUGCUCACAACGCUCAUCUAUAAAUCCAGACUAGGACAGUUUGCAUUCUUUUACGAUCAACUAUUUCAUUCUCAGAUUAUGUUGUAGCAGUCAGCUUUCUGCAAUGACAAAACCUUGUACACUUUGCUCUACGCCUAGGCAAGUGCUUGUUCGAUGCACAAUCGAUGAAUCUCAGAAGUGGCAUUUCGUCUGUCCGGGGGCUUGCUGGAAGAAAGUAUCGGGAGGCGUUGAAGAUGCAAAGGGGUUAGAAGAGCGGUUUCCAUAUUACAGGUACGGCGGUAUGUGGAAAGAUAGACACGCCGAUGGCCCCAUGAGCGCCAAAAAACCACGAAAGGUCAAAGAGAGGCAACGAGAAGAACUGAGAUCGAGGAACGAAGAAGGAGGUUCCUCAAGAGUGAGCGAUGGGAAUCGAAGUGGGGGAGAAGGGGGAUGUGCUGACACGACCGGCGCAAACAAUGGGAUAGGGCAGGCUCUGGAAACUAUUCGUCACCCAGACACUGCGUACUCAGCGAACGGUACUGGGUGAUAAAUUUCGGUUGUGUGAUAGUCGAUGUAAAAUCACAUAGACUGGUGCAGCCAUGCGUUGAAUUGAUUAUAUG